CUGAGAGAUGGUGCGAGAUUCUAGAUAAAGGACUGAAAAAGGAUGAAAAAGAAACAAUUGCAAAAGACAAUCCAGCCUUCCAGAAUGUGCCCAAGAUGUGUGCUCCAAAACUUAACAAAGAAGUUGCCGCUGCUCUGAAUGACAUGGCUAAGAAAAGGGAUCAAGUUAUUGAAACCCGACAGAAACAAAUGUCUACAGCCUUGGCUUGUGUAGGCCAAGCUCUACAGAUGUGUAUUGGAGAUCAUCAACAACAAAAACUGACAAUUAUAAAGAAGCUGAAUGAAGCGGGAAGGCUGCUAAGUGACUCCAUAUUUCUAGAAACAAAAGGACGAAGAAACUUGGUACUCUCAACAAUAAAUAAAGAUCUAAAGGACUCGUUAUUGGAAACUGAGAGUGGAGAUUACUUAUUUGGUGACAAUCUAAUUGAGAAGAUAAAAACUGCUAAGGCAGUCCAAAAAUCAGGAAAGGAGUUAAAAGUGAUAGUGAAUGACAAAAAGAAAACCUUUGUAAGGCGACCUGAAACCAGUGCAAAGAACGACAACAACCGAGCUUUAAACUGGCGGGGCCCUCCUCGGGUGGGAUCACAGAGGUUCCAGAGGUCAGGCGGGCCGACAUACAAUCGCCAACAACAAGCCAGCAAGAAGAACGAGGACAAGACAUUGCCGAGACGAGGGAAGAAAUAAAUGCUAAGAGAGCCACACCCCUUGCACAAGAACCUAAGGCUGAUGGCAGGAGUAUUAUCAGGCAGGCCUUCAUAAAAUCCGGAAUUAGUGAAGAUUCAGCAGAGAUCAUGUUAGCUUCUAUAUCGGUUAAUACAUUAAAACAAUACCAACCAUGCAUUGUCGCGUGGACUAAGUAUGCACAAGAUUUAGGGCUAUCAAUAAAUAAACCAAGCAUUCCAGACGUUAUUACCUAUUUAACAAAUAAGUUUCAUGAGGGAUUGUCAUAUGGUAGUUUGAAUUCUAUUAGAUCAGCAUUAUCAUUGAUUAUAGGUACUCACCUUGGUACAGAUGAAAGAAUCAAAAGAUUGUUUAAAGGAUUUUUUAAGUUAAGACCUAGUGCGCCUAAAUAUAAUGAUACAUGGGAUGUAUCCACAGUUCUUAAGUAUAUUGAAACAGAAUAUAGAGAUAUAAGUAAUUUAGAAACUAUAACAAAAAAGACUGCUACUUUAUUAAUUCUAGCCACAGGCCAAAGAGUACAAACAUUAUCUUUAAUUGACAUAAAUAAUUUAAUUAUUAAGGAUGAUUGUGUAACAAUUAAAAUUGAUAAAUUAAUUAAGACCUCUGCCCCUAACAAGUGUCAGCCAUUUCUUACAUUACCCUUUUUUAGGGAUAAAGCAGAUAUUUGUCCUGCUAAAGCGCUCUGUGACUAUCUCGAUGCAACUAAGCAUCUUAGAA